UUGAGAAAAAUAGCUUUUUAUGUUGAAUUGCGUGUAUUGUUGUUGAAUAUCAUCAGACAGACACAAAUGAUUUCUUAUUUAAUCUCAACACAUCAUGUUAACAAUUUUGUAAAGGCAAAUAUUCAGAAAUGAUAUAAAUAUUAAACAAAAGCGCCUAAUUCAAAUGAAUAAACAUGACUGACACAAGUUCUCAAUUAACGGAAGAGCAGAGAAAAUUUCGCUUCAAGGCAGCUGCUUUUCUUUUUGGUGUAGCAGGAAUUUCAGCCGUUGCUGGAUUUGGAAGAACACUUGCUGCUGUAAAAAAGACGGAUCCAAAUAGUUUUAACAAAGGAAUGGUUGGAUCAAUAGAAUUAGCUGAAACAGGAUCGAAUUUAGCAAUGCGAGCACUUGGUUGGGGAACAUUAUUUGCUUUUAUCGGAACAGGAUCAUUGGCUUUAGCAAUAUGGAAACUUUCAGGUGCAAAGGAUUUGAAUGAUUUCCGAAUGAAAUUGUUUCUUACACGAUCAGAAUAUGAUAGAGGUGUCAACACGUACUCACCAGAAGGUCGUUUACUUCAAGUUGAAUAUGCUAUUGAAGCAAUUAAGUUAGGAUCAACAGCCAUUGGAAUUUCAACUAAUGAAGGCAUUGUUCUGGUUGUUGAAAAGAGAAUAACAUCACCAUUAAUGGAACCAUCGAAAGUUGAGAAAAUCUUCGAAGUUGAUCGUCACAUCGGAUGUGCAACGUCUGGACUGAUGGCCGAUUCCAGAACUUUACUUGAACGCGCUCGAGUUGAAGCUCAGAAUCAUUGGUUUGUGUAUAAUGAACCUAUGUACGUCGAAUCUUGUGCUCGUUCUGUGUCAAAUUUGGCUAUUCAAUUUGGUGAUUCAGAUGACAGUGGAUCAGCAAUGAGUCGACCAUUUGGUGUCGCAAUUUUAUUCGCUGGAAUCGACAAUGGAGUUCCUCAUUUAUAUCACAUGGAUCCUUCAGGCACACUUUUGCGAUAUAAUGCCAAAGCUAUCGGUUCAGGAAGUGAAGGCGCUCAACAGAAUCUUGAAGAACUGUUUUCACCCACCCUCACAUUAAAGGAAGCUGUCGUCAAAGCUUUGGAAACAUUAAAACAAGUGAUGGAAGAGAAAUUAAGCUCAACCAACGUCGAAGUUAUGACAAUGACUCCUAAAGAUCUCUUCUACAUGUACACAAAAGAAGAGGUUGAAGCUGUUAUUGCUGAUUUGUAAGAUAAAAAAUUUCAUUAAAACAAAAAUCUUUUCUUCUUUUUUUUUGCUAAAUUUCUUAAAGAAAAUUAAUUAAGUAAAGGCGCUGCUUUUAUGAAGAAAUAAUAAAAUAAAUUUGAGAGGGAA